AAAGAAUCUUCACUCACUCCCAGUCUGAAUUACCCAAGCCAAGCUCGACACUUCGGCCUUUGGUGUCAACCCCAAAAGCCACAUUUCUCACUUUCUCUCUCUAGAAACUAUCUUCUGUUUGCUUCCGCAGCAGAAAAAUUGCAUCAAAUUCGGUGACUUUGUAACCUUUUCUUCUUCCACAGUGCUUUGGUUCCUGUGCCUGCCAUCAUCCUCUAUCAGUUGGCUUCUAAAUCCUGGUUUCUUCUGUCAACGUCAAAAACAGAGCACUCUGUUUUCCUCUAUCUCUCUCAGAAUUCGAUUUACAGUCAGAAUUUGUGAGGAUGUUGGAGAAGAUGGAAGAGUUCAACAUGGAGAAAGUCAUAGAGGACUUUGAAGCAAUGACAAAGGACGCGGAGAGGGUUCAGAGACAGACCCUUAAGAAGAUCUUGGAAGAAAAUGCAUCAGCGGAGUACUUGCAGAAUCUAGGACUAGAUGGAAGAACUGACCCAGAGAGUUUCAAGGCUAUUAUUCCCCUUGUUACUCACAAGGAUUUGGACCCUUAUAUUCAGAGAAUUGCAGAUGGUGAUUCCUCUCCCAUUCUCACUGGGAAACCAAUCACAACCAUCUCAUUAAGUUCUGGUACUUCUCAGGGAAGGCCAAAGUUCGUACCUUUCACUGAUGAGCUGAUGGAGACUACCAUGCAGAUAUUUCAAACGUCUUUUGCCUUUAGAAACAGGGAGUUUCCUAUUGUGAAUGGAAAGGCCUUGCAGUUCAUCUAUUCCAGCAAGCAGUUCAAAACAAAAGGUGGUUUGGCAGCUGGAACUGCCACCACCAAUGUGUAUAGUCGUUCACAGUUCAAGAACACGAUGAAAGCAAUGCAGUCCCAAUGCUGCAGCCCUGAUGAAGUAAUAUUUGGUCCUGAUUUCCACCAGUCCUUAUAUUGCCAUCUCUUGUGUGGGCUAAUAUUCAGGGAUGAGGUUCAGUCGAUAUCUUCAGCAUUUGCUCAUAGCAUAGUCCUUGCAUUCAGAACCUUUGAAUUACUGUGGGAAGAACUCUGUGCUAACAUUCGAGACGGGGUCCUCAGCAGCAGAAUCACAGCCCCAUCAAUCCGAGCAGCUUUGUCAAAUUUGCUCAAGCCAGACCCUGAAUUGGCUGAACUCAUUUAUGAAAAAUGUUCAGGAUUGAGUAACUGGUAUGGAUUGAUACCAGCACUUUUUCCAAAUGUCAAGUACAUUUAUGGUAUUAUGACAGGGUCAAUGGAGCCUUAUCAGAAGAAGUUGAGGCACUAUGCUGCGGGCUUGCCUUUGUUGAGUGCUGAUUAUGGCGCUUCUGAAGGGUGGAUUGGAGCAAAUAUCAACCCAAAAGUACCCACGGAGUUCACCUCUUAUGCUGUGCUCCCUAAUGUUGGAUAUUUUGAAUUCAUCCCUCUGAGGAACAACAUUGGUGACCAGGAGCUCUGUGUGGAGCCCAAGCCAGUAGGUCUGACUGAAGUCAAGGUUGGUGAAGAGUAUGAGGUUGUUAUCACUAAUGUUGCAGGUCUCUACCGUUAUAGGCUAGGAGAUGUAGUGAAAGUUGUGGGCUUCCAUAACUCAACCCCGGAGAUUAAAUUCAUGUGCCGGAGCAAUCUUCUCCUUAGCAUCAACAUUGACAAGAACACUGAGAAUGAUCUGCAGCUAGCUGUUGAAGAAGCUGCCAAGCUGUUAGCUGCAGAAAAAUUGGAAGUUGUUGACUUCUCAAGCCAUGUAGACUUGUCCACGGAUCCUGGUCACUAUGUCAUCUUCUGGGAAUUGAAUGGUGAACCAAGCCAAGAGGUUCUUAGUGAAUGCUGCAACUGUUUGGAUAAAUCUUUUGUUGAUGCAGGGUACCUUAGCUCGCGCAAGGUCAAUACCAUAGGUCCGCUUGAGCUUCGAAUUCUUCGGAAGGGAACCUUCCAGAAGAUUCUAAACCAUUACCUAGCACAGGGAGCUGCUGUUAGUCAGUUCAAAGCCCCAAGAUGUGUAGGACCUCACAACAACACGGUUUUGCAAAUCCUUUGUGGCAAUGUGGUUAGGAGUUUCUUUAGUACCGCCUAUAAUAAUUAAGUGUAUACACACUGUUCAAAUUGAGUGUUGAUAUAUGAACACAUUCUGUUUUAGCUUUGUCAAGGCAAUAUUUUGUGUCUCUCA